AUGCCUCGUGGAAGUAAUCAAGUUGAUAUGAAACCAGAAACAACAAAAAGCAGAAUCUUUGGAAUGGAUUAUGAUGAAUUGGAGAAACAGAUGCUUGACAAAAGAUCUUUAUUAAAAUCAUCAAAGGAAUCUGUAAAAAAUGUUGGGAAAACUGUUAACAAUGACGCUGAACUUACAGGAACUUUGGAGCAGGAAAAUAUUGUUGUAGAAAACUUAGAGCAACGUCCUCGAUCAUAUUUAGAUGCUGAGUAUUUUGAUUCAGCUUCAAGAACCCGUGAUCUUCAAAUCCAACAAAAGAAAUGGUUAGAUGAUCAAAUAAAUGAACGCAAGCUCAUAAAAGACAAUGAAAAAAUUGCUGAUAAGAAAUUACAGCAGUCAACGUCUCGUCAAGAUGACCAAACAAAUUCCCAAAUGAACAAAUUACUUACCGAUAAGCGCGAUGUUGAUCAGCAAAUUCAGGAAUACAACAUGAAAGCAGCAAAUCUUAAGCGUGAAAAGGAAAAGAAGGAAAAGGAGCAAUAA